CGCGGGCUGACAUCACCAGCCCCAUCACGGCCGCGCCAGGACCGAUCGCUUCGGCUACUCGCCCGGGCGGAGGGCGGAGGGCUGCGGGGAAAACACCGCAGCAACAUCCCUCCUCCUCCCCCCCCCCCCCCCCCUUUCCUUCUUCCCCACAGCCUCCUUUUGCUUCCUUAUUUUUUCUUUUCCCCCCCCCUUCUUUUUCUCUCCUUUCCCUCCUCCCCGCACCCCUCCGCGACUUCCCGCAUGACUGUCACCAAGGGUCGAGGAGCACCCACGUUUCCCUGAGCCCCACGUCCAUUCCUGGGUGUCAGGAGGUGCCCGACCAGCCCGCGGAGCAGAGCAGGGCAGAGCUCUUGUCGAGUCAAUGAGAGACCUCCACAAGUCUAGCGUGCUGGGAAGCAAGCACAGCAGCCUGAUGUCAUGGCGCCCGCAGUACCGCAGCUCCAAGUUUCGGAACGUCUACGGGAAGGUGGCGAGCCGGGAGCACUGCUUCGACGGCAUCCCCAUCACCAAGAACGUCCAUGACAACCACUUCUGCGCCGUCAACGCCCGCUUCCUCGCCAUCGUGACGGAGAGCGCCGGCGGGGGCUCCUUCCUCGUCAUCCCCCUCGAGCAGACAGGCCGGAUCGAACCAAACUACCCCAAAGUCUGCGGUCACCAGGGCAACGUGCUGGACAUCAAAUGGAAUCCCUUCAUCGAGAACAUCAUCGCGUCAUGCUCCGAAGACACCUCGGUGCGGAUCUGGGAGAUCCCCGAGGGCGGCUUGAAGAGGAACAUGACGGAGGCCGUCCUGGAGCUGUACGGGCACAGCCGCCGCGUCGGCCUCGUCGAGUGGCACCCCACCACCAACAACAUCCUCUUCAGCGCCGGCUACGACUAUAAGGUCCUCAUCUGGAACCUGGACAUCGGGGAGCCGGUGAAGAUGAUCGACUGCCACACGGACGUCAUCCUCUGCAUGUCCUUCAACACGGACGGCAGCCUCCUGGCCACCACCUGCAAGGACAAGAAGCUGCGGGUGGUGGAGCCGCGCUCUGGCAGGGUCCUGCAGGAGGCCGGCUGCAAGAACCACCGGGUCAACCGGGUGGUCUUCCUGGGCAGCACGAAGCGGCUGCUGACGACGGGGGUGUCGCGCUGGAACACGCGGCAGAUCGCCCUUUGGGACCAGGAAGACCUGGCCAUGCCCCUGAUAGAGGAGGAGAUCGACGGGCUCUCGGGUCUCCUCUUCCCUUUUUACGACGCCGACACUCACAUGCUGUACUUGGCUGGCAAGGGCGACGGUAACAUUCGGUACUACGAGAUCGGCUCGGAAAAACCCUACCUGAGUUAUCUCAUGGAGUUUCGCUCCCCGGCCCCGCAAAAAGGACUGGGGGUGAUGCCGAAGCACGGGCUGGACGUGACGGCCUGCGAGGUCUUUCGUUUCUACAAGCUCGUCACCCUCAAGGGGCUGAUCGAACCCAUCUCGAUGAUCGUGCCGAGGAGGUCAGAAACGUACCAAGAGGACAUCUACCCCAUGACGCCGGGUACGGAGCCAGCCCUCACGCCGGAUGAAUGGCUGAGCGGGGUGAACAGAGAUCCCAUCCUGAUGUCGCUGAAGGAGGGCUACAAGAAGACAUCCAAAAUUGUCUUUAAGGCACCGGUGAAGGAGAAGAGGAGCGUUGUCGUUAACGGCAUAGACCUGCUGGAGAACGUGCCGCCCCGGACGGAGAAUGAGCUCCUUCGGAUGUUCUUCCGACAGCAGGACGAGAUCCGGCGGCUGAAAGACGAGCUCUCGCAGAAGGACAUACGGAUCCGCCAGCUACAGCUGGAGUUAAAAAACUUACGUAACAACCCGAAGAAUAAUUAACUUCCAGGGACGUUUUAUAAAUAAACUCUCCGUUUAUACUUGCUCUUUAAUUUUAUUGUAUCCACUUACCCAGAAUAUGAGCCAGAAGUCAAGUGACCUGCCAAGAGCCCACUCGCUAACUGGAAAUACGUCCUCCUAGUCUUGUCUAGCACUAAAACCGCUAUAACCGAAAGCUACUGCAUGAGAGGCGGCUGGGGCACCCCCGUGCCCCCGCGACGGUCUUGGAGUAAGUAGACGAGCCGUGUCCCCUCCGUCGGGAUCAACCGGCCCGGGGGGAGCCGAGGUGGUGGCCGUUCCCCGGGGAAAACGCGAUGCUUUGUUGCUAUUAAUAUUUUUUUUUUUUUUUUUUUUUUUCCUAUGCAAAAAUGUGACGGCGGGUGCAGAACUGGAACGGGGUGUGGGAAGGGCUUAAAUUCACAAAAGCGCGGCGGCAGCCCCGGGACUCUUCCCGGGGCGGUGGUGGCCGUGGCACCUCCCAUGGGGACGGGAGCUGCUCCCCCGUGCGUGCACCUCUCUCCUUUAAAUAACAAAAAGAGGCUGGGUUUCCAAACCCGAGAGGGAUCUUGGUACCCUCCUCCUUUACAGUGCCCUGGGGAGGGGGAAGGAUGUCACCCAGCCCGGCCCCAGGGAUGGACCCAGCGGGUGCUGGAGCUGCCUGGGCGCUCGGUGGGUUUAGCACCUGUGUAUAAUCACUGGUUUUUGUGGAUUAGGCCUGUGGCACAGAGAUAGACACCAAAUACUGCUAGUUUACCUAUAUAUAUAUAUAUAUAUAUAUAUAUUUUCAUUAAAUCCACUGCCCAGCACUACCAGUACACCAGUUUCUCCUCUCCGUUAACUUACAUUGUGCCCCGCACCCACUGCUUCCCCCUCUUUGUUACAUGUGCUGUCAUUGCCUAUUAUUUAUGCUACUACGGAAUAGUGAUGAAAUAAAAUGUUUUCAAGAUACCAAA